AUGGGCUGUCUCGUCCUUAUGUGCCUCGGCAUCCUGAUGUUGUUCGCAGGAUACCCCGCCCUUUCAUACUACUACCGGAGGGAGCUCUCGAAUCUUGGCGCGUUCAAUAUCGGCGGUACCAAUGGCACUGGUCAGGUCCCAGUGAUACCCGGCAAUUGGGGCCUCAUUGACGUCGAUACGCCCCAUGAGGUAUACACAAAGACGUCUUUUCACGAUGGUGAGGAGCUCGAGCUCGUGUUUUCAGAUGAGUUUGAGCAGGAAGGGCGGUCAUUCUAUCCCGGCGACGAUCCGUACUGGGAGGCGGUUGACUUGCAUUACUGGGCAACGAAUAAUAUCGAGUGGUAUGACCCUGCGGCUGUCACAACCAAGAAUGGCGCCUUGACGAUCACACUCUCGCAAAAGGAGACUCAUGAUCUCAAUUACCAAGGCGGCAUGCUGUCUACAUGGAACAAAUUUUGCUUCACGGGCGGUUAUAUAGAAACUUCGGUGAUGCUCCCUGGGUCGGACAAUAUUGUCGGCCUUUGGCCGGCGGUAUGGACAAUGGGAAACUUAGGGCGUGCUGGGUAUGGCGCUUCCCUGGAAGGCAUGUGGCCGUAUACGUACGAUGCAUGUGAUGUCGGAACAGUGUCAAAUCAAACGGUCAAUGGCGUACCGAAGGCUGCUACGGUCAAUGGCGAUAAAGGCAAUGGUGGUGUACUGUCAUAUCUUCCGGGUCAGCGACUUUCACGUUGCACUUGCGACGGCGAGAGCCAUCCUGGCCCGAAGCACAGUGACGGUACUUACGUGGGGCGAUCCGCACCAGAAAUUGACGUAUUCGAGGCACAAAUCACAGGCAAGCCUCUCGUCGGGCAGGUGUCGCAGAGCGCGCAGUGGGCGCCGUUCAAUCACGCAUACGAAUGGUUUAACACGACCGCCAAUGAGGUCAUAGUCAACGCCUCUAUCUCAGCGCAGAACUCGUAUACGGGCGGUGUGACGCAGCAGGCGACAUCGGUCGUGACAUCGACCGAUCAGUUGUGUUACGAGAAUUCAGCGGCGCCAUGUUACUCUGUGUAUGGGUUCGAGUAUAAGGGUGGGUUCGAUGAUGCGUAUGUUACAUGGGUGUCGGACAACAAGACGUCGUGGACGCUCAACGUAGCGGGCAUGGCGGCAGACAGCCUUGUCGAGAUAUCAGACAGGCCAGUGCCCCAGGAACCUUUGUAUCUGAUCGCGAAUUUGGGCAUGUCGACCAACUUUGGAACAGUCGACCUCGCGCAUCUCGUGUUCCCUGCGACGAUGUACAUCGACUAUGUUCGCGUGUACCAACGCAAGGAUGCGCGCAAUAUUGGGUGCGAUCCAGCAGAAUUCCCGACGCAGUCAUAUAUCAAUCAGUAUAUCGAAGCAUACACGAACCCAAAUCUCACAACAUGGAGAGAUGAUUAUGGCCAACCAUUUCCAAAGAACAGCUUCCUUGGCCAAUGCUGAUCCUCUGCUAGGCUGCUUCUUCUCGUCCUGACCCUGAUCCUAACACUACUGAACUCGAGAAACCUAUACCCCGCCCGUAACUUAUAUAUACAUCUUUCGCUGUGCUACGUCUUACUCCUCACCAUCCCACCCCAUCAUACAGCAUCAUCCGCUUCUCUCACCAUCCGCUCACGCUCCGUAUCAUGUAUCGCUACGUCCUUGCUAUGUGCAUCCUGCACUGCGCGCCAUACUUGCGAUUAGACCCGGGUAUCGACCACCUGGCCUAUAUCUUGCACAUCCUACGCCAUCCCUUCACACUCACAUAUUCCUCGGACUCUGGCCUGUUGUGUCGACCAUGACGAUUCCAAGUGUGGUGUCUGCACGCUGCUCCUCCCCUCCCGCCGUCUUUCCAAAUUUUAUGUCUAUCUUCCGUUGGCAUCUGACGGACACUUGUUUUUACGUUUAUCACUCGCUGACGUUCAUUGCGAUUCCCCAUUCUUCCAUCGCAUCUUUCACAUUCCAUUCGGGGCGCUUCGUCCUUCUAUUUCCUGGCGCCCACUUCAAUUGUGCUUUCGUACUGUCCUUGCCCUAGCCUGAGUGCUGUUCCAGCAGCGCUCAAGUUUCAGAUAAGACUCAUCGUACGGGAGGCGCUCAGAACUUGGAGGAGUGGAGCCGGGCGUCCGUGCUGGCACUACGCAGUAUUGAAUACUGCAAUUUCUCUAUGUAGCUCAUUCGGACACCUCUCGUCUUUAUCUCGGACCGUAUGCUAUCCUCCUCAUUACUUACGCAUCUUGCGGUGAUUUGUCCACGUCACAGUACAUACAUGCGGCAGUGUCUCCACCUCUUGUCUCUUUAUUCAUAGUAGUAGGCGCACUUUCUUCAUUGUCUUAGUGUUUCCAGCUGCUCUGUCGAUGCUUUGUUUGAGAUCUUUUUUUUUUCUGGGUGGGGAGUUUUGUUUAUUCCUGAUUUGACACCGAGCACUGAGCAGGGGCGUUCAAAGAAUCUAUCGUGUAUGAUUUUGCGGCCCGUGGGGCAUUAUUCUCAUGCAGUUGAGCAGGUUUUGAAGUUGAGGGGAUCGUGAUUUAAAAUUCGUUUCGAAUGUG